AUGGAUAAAGACCUUCAAACUAUAGAAUUCAACACUAAAAAAGUUAAACUAUUACUUGAAGAUAUGCAAAAAAUUGAUUGUAGUUUAUGUAAUUUCUCAGAGAAUGAAAUAAUUAUAUGUUUAGAUCUUAGUAAAAUGCAAGUCUGUCUUUUAAACAAAGAAACUAAUACAGAAUCAGCUGUUUUUGAUAAAAGAAAUUAUUUAUUUGUAAUGUUUUUAGAUUACUGUAUUUCUUCAUUUAUAGGUAAAGAUUAUAUUGAAUCAGCAUGGACUCCUUAUUUACAAGACCAAGAUUACCAAAGAAUAAUAACAAAAAUUACAAAUUGUUGUGAAUUACAAACUCAUCAAAUUGAGUUUUGUAUUGAACUUGAUAAAUUGAAAGUUUGUAGAUUACUAAAAGAUAAUGAAGGUGAUGCUCACACUUUCGAUCAAGGAAAUUAUGCUCUUGUAAUCAUAGUUAAUUAUUUUGACCAGAUGUAUAGGUUCAAAAAAACUGCUGAAGAAGCUGAUGCUGAUAAAUUUGAAGAAACUUUCAAUACUGAAGAAGAAAAUUAUACUCUUUUUAAUAUAAUAAAAAAAUGUUAUAAAGACAAAAAAAAAGAUAAUGAUAUUGAAGUUGAUGAAGAUUAA